AUGGCAUCUACGACUAUAGCUAUCGAUAUCAACAAAUUCAAGUUACAGCCAGAGCCUAAUAUUUGGAAAACUGUAAAAGCUCUUGGUAGUGGAGGUUUUGGGGAGGUUGUUCUCGAGAAAAACAUAGCUGGGAAGCAUAGAGCACUCAAGAAGAUUACGGGAUCAGUAGCCCAAAAUCUCAUGCUAAAGCGUGAGAUAGAGAUAUUGGUACAGAUCAAGAAGUGUCCAGAUUUGUUUGUACAAUCCUUAGGAUGGUAUGAAAGCAGCGAUAGUAUGUUUACAUACAUCGCGCUAGAAUACAUGGAUAAGGGCGACCUUGGAAAAUAUCUCGCUGCCCAUGGACCUCAAACAGAAGCGAACGCCAAAGAGAUUACCAGACAACUCCUACAAGGACUUGAAUACUUGCACAAAAAUAAUAUAUGUCAUCGUGAUAUGAAACCGGAGAAUGUUUUGAUGGCCUCUCAAUCACCACUCCGUGUAAAACUGACCGAUUUUGGAGCAUCAAAAAUAUGCUCGGAAAACACAAAUCUUCGUACCAAAAUCGGAACAAUGCGAUAUAUGGCCCCGGAGCUCCUAGGAGUCUUGCCCUCAAAGUUUACACCGAAGAACGGGAUAUAUAGCAACGCUGUAGAUUUGUGGUCUUUGGGCUGCCUUACAUAUCAGAUUUGCACUUUGAAGACACCAUUUGCGAAGGCGAAGUCACUGUCAUCAAUAUCUACUAAAUAUGACGCAACAUCUACUAUGUAUGAUGAUGAAAAGGAUGUUGAGGCAGAAGAGGAUAUGACUCUUAUGAGCAAAUUCUGUCAUGGCGAAGCUAGUCUUCCGAUCGAGAAUCUGGAAAACGUUCGAUUAAGCGACGAAGGCAUACAGUUUAUCAAAGAUCUGUUGCUUCCUUAUCCACAAAACCGGACUUCCGCGGCGAAUGCAGCAAAGAGUAGAUGGCUCUCAGCAUCACCUAUAGAUCGAGCCGAAACAACCAGGAUUCAAUUCCAGGCGUUAGGGGUACCGCUCAGCUAUCAGGUCGUCAGUAAAAUGAUUCAACACUGGGAAAAUUCACGGGGAAAAGCGGGCCCUCAACGAAAGAAACUGGAUAUACCAGAACUUCCUCCCUCUAUCCGCCAGGAUGCAACGGCCUUGAUGCAUGCAGCAGCAGAAAAGUCAUAUGCAACUAUUGUUGGUAUUAUGAGUUGCCUUAUCGAGCCAAAGAAGGAAUGUUUUGACUUCAGAAUCAAGGGGAGAACAACGCUAGAGUUAGCAGCCAAAGGAGGGCACAUUGAGGUUGCAAAAAUACUUCUCGAAAAUGGUGCCAACAUUAAUGCCUCGCCACCAAUGAAUGCCCUAAAUGGCAGGACAGCCCUACAGGCAGCGGCAGAGAGUGGGAAUCUAGAGAUGGUGAAACUACUACUUGAAAAGGGGGCCAAUAUCAACGCCAAACCAUCCGAAAAAGGCGGCCGUGGGGCAUUGCAAGCGGCGAUAGGGAGCUCACAAUACGAGAUUGCGGUUCUACUUUUGCAGAAAGGCGCCAAUGUUAACCUUCCACCCGCCACGAUAAACGGUCGAACAGCGUUACAACUUGCGGCCGAAAAGGAGGAAUUGAAGUUAGUGGAGCUACUCCUGUCGAAAGGCGCACAGGUCAAUGCCGAAGCCUGCGAAUCCGGGGGCCGGACAGCUUUACAAGCUGCCGCAGGUAAUGGGAACCUCAAAAUCGCCGAAAUACUAUUAAAGAAGGGGGCUGAGGUCGACGAGGAACCUUCUGAGGAAUGCGGACGAACAGCGCUACAGGCUGCAGCGGAAAAAGGGCACCUCGAAAUGGUAAAACUUUUGCUGAGAAUGGGUGCAAAUGUUAACGCGGAGCCAAGUGAGGAUCAAGGUGUUACAGCUCUCGCUGCGGCAACAAAAGGAAAACACUCAGAAGUUGUAGAAGUGCUCCGCGCUGCAGGGGCCAAAUCUUGA